GCGGGAGUUAAAAUGUGACGUCAUAUAAGCAAAUAUUUGUUACAACAAUUUCGAUUGGCUUAAAAAUCCAAUAUGGCAGUCUGUGUCUCAGUAAUUGCAAAAGAGAACUAUCCGUUGUUUAUCAAGACAAUACCAACAGAAAAUGAAUUGAAAUUCUACUACACGGUCCAUACGUCCCUUGAUGUUGUUGAGGAGAAAGUGUCAGCUGUAGGAAAGACUGCCAAUGACCUGAGAGAACUUUAUCUUGGACUAUUAUACCCAACUGAAGAUUAUAAAGUAUAUGGAUAUGUUACUAAUACUAAAAUAAAGUUUGUUAUUGUAGUAGAAACAUCAAACACCUCACUAAGGGACAAUGAAAUAAGAAGUAUGUUCCGGAAACUUCACAAUGCUUAUGUAGAUAUGCUGUGCAAUCCCUUUUAUACUCCAGGUGAAAACAUCACCUCUAAGGCUUUUGAAAGAAUAGUUAAUUCUAUGAUGCUUCAAGACUGAGAUAAACAACAUACUAUUAAACAGACAUAGCCACUUUAGAAGAACAUGCAUAGUGAAUACAGUUCAUCCUACAAAUCAAAUACUAAAUGGACACUAGUAAUCUGCAACAUUUUGAAACAUCCUAUUUGAAUUGAACAUUAAGUCUGAGCAUUCCAUAAAGUCAGUUUUGUCAUCGCAGCCAACUUUAUUUUGUAUAAAAUGUAAAUAUGUAAUAAAUUAUAUCAUGU